AUGUCUAAGACGACGCCUUCGAUCGCCUCGUCCACGCCCUCCCACAGCUGGCGUGGAUGGCUCUGGGAUUCCGCCGAGGUCACUCAGGAAGAAAGAAAGUUUCUGUUCAAGCUUGACGCCACGUUGCUUACGUUUGGGACGCUCGGGAUGCUAAUCAAGUGGAUCGACACGUCCAACAUCACCAACGCCUUCGUCUCUGGCAUGAAGGAGGAUCUCAACCUGUACGGUAACCAGUACAACUACAUUGUCGUCGCCUGGACCGUUGGCUACAUCAUUGGCCAGUGGCCAUCCAACAUCAUUCUUACUCGAGUCCCUGCACACAUCUGGAUCCCGUUCCAAGAAGUCGGCUGGACAGUCUUUACGUUCGCGUUGGCUGGCGCCAAGUCUUACGAAGCUCUACUUGGACUUCGUUUCGUCGUAGGGCUGUUUGAAGCGGGUUACUGGCCUGCUUUGUACUAUGUGCUGGGAUCCUGGUAUAACAAGAGGGAACUCGGGAAACGCAACGGAAUCCUACAGUCUGCCGUGUCGAUUGCUCCAAUCUUCAGUGGCUUCUUGCAAGCUGGUAUCUACAAUGGUCUGAAUGGCAACGCUGGUUUGGCAGGAUGGAGAUGGCUAUUCGUCAUCAAUGGAGUCAUUUCCCUGCCGAUUGCAGUCCUCGCAUACUUUUUCCUGCCCGACACGCCCGGGACCGCCAAACCCAACUGGAUCUUUACCGAGCGUGACAUACAGCUCGCGCAGGAGAGAAUGGCACGGGCCGGACGGAAGCCCGAAGGGAAGCCAUAUACCGCCCGCACGAUUCUGGGCUUCCUGACGUCCUGGAAGACGCUUCUCUUUACGUUGAUCUUCACAAUGCAACCAUUUGGAUCGCAGCCCUUUCAGUCAUUCGUGUUUUGGUUGAAGGCUCACAACAAAAAGGGCCAGCCGCAAGUCUAUACCGUCGCCCAGAUCAACGAAUACCCAACCAUCGGCAACGCAUUCACUGCCGUAUACUCCUUGACAUGCGUCUGGAUCUCGGACGGCCCGUUGCGAGGUCGACGAUGGCCCAUCAUUCUCUUCUCGAACCUGAUCGCCAUUAUUGUGUUCGUCUUGCUAGUUGUGACGCCGGUCAUGGGUCCCUUUUCGCACCGGGCGCCGCUGUACAUUGUCUCAUCCGUCGGAGGAAGCAUGGUGCCGUUGACUAUGGCAUGGAUGGCGGAGCUCAUCUCCGACAACGCUGAGCAGCGAGCGUUUACUGCAGCUUCGAUGAACACGCUCCAGUAUACCUUUAACGCCUGGGUCCCACUGGUCUGGUUCCAGCAAGUCCAUCAGCCGUACGUCACACCUGGCAAUCGCGCUGCCGCCGUUAUCGCCGGCUUGAAUAUUAUCGUCUUUGGUGCCAUAGCACUACUCGCUCACAGGGAGAAGCUUGCAAAGAAGCGGAAUAACCAGGCGUCUGACGUCUUGGAUUUACAAGAGCCAAUUACGCCAGUGAACAAUAGCCAUAAGAAGGGUCUCGGGGUAGAGGUUCUAGCACUUUAA